AUGUUUCAAAGUCCUACCCUACCUGAAGACCUCGAAACCAUCCCUAUGUGUUACCGGUAUUUCCACGAUCCCCCGGAGUUGGUAACUAUUAUGCUUGGCUCAAACGGAAGGCACAUAGGCUAUUUUAGGGAUCGUCCAAACGAAGAACCGAUCCUUGUUGUGGAAUCCAAUCCGAACGAAUCUGGAGCUUUGAGAGUGCUUGGCACCAGUAUUUUCGCUGUCACAAAAUCGUUUCUGAGCGCAUUGGCUUCCAGUGAAAAAAUUCUCUCAUCAAUGGAUCAAUUUAUAGAGGAGAGUAAAUUCAUCCUGCCGCAAUCAGAUGAAAUUAUCAAGCAACGCAAAAAGCGCUGUGUUUGUUCCACGCUCAGUGAAAUCGGCCUCGUCGUUCCUCUCAAAGGAGAUAUUGGUUAUCGUCCGCUAACCAUGACUUAUGCCAAACUUAUUAAGGUUCUCCAAUCAGCGAUCAACGCACCGAAUGAGGAUAAACAGCUGUCAUGCUUGGAGCCGAUUGACGAGUUGAUCACCCAUUCUCAGUUCGCCUGCGAUGAGGGCGAUUUUGGUCAAGCCAUUGAACUUGGAUUAUCUUUGCUUGCCUUCCAUCCAAAAGGGCUACCCGUUGAUCGUGCGAACUGUUUGAAUUCCCGAAUCAAACAUUUGCUUUCGGUUGGCUAUGAACUGGCAGGCUAUCCGGAAUUCGUCAGCGUGAUUGUGCAGCACAUGCGCGAUCGUCGAAUCGAUCCACCCACUCUGAAGCAUAUUAUCUCUUUCAGUUAG